AAGGUGGACAAAUCUCAGACCAAGCAGUAGUCAGAUCUGUGCAUCGAUAACAGCAUGUCUUUCCUCAAGGUUGUCGCCUUCACCGCCCUCGUGGCAGCUGGCUCCGCCCGCCCAGACUCCGGACACUCAGCCCCCGCCCCGGCAGGAGGUUACGGCUAUACUCCGCCUCCUCCCCCACCUGCAAAACCGGAAUACUCUUUCGACUGGGCAGUGAAGGACGAAUACGCCGGCCUUGACUUCGGCCAGAAUGAACAUCGCGACGGCUACAACACCGAGGGGGCCCACCACGUGCUGCUUCCCGACGGCCGCGUGCAGAAGAUCGUCUACAAGGUGAACAAGGACGGCGGCUUCAUGGCCACCGUGGAGUACGAGGGCGAGAUCAGGCACGAGCCCAAGGGUUACGGCAAGGCCCCGGCCCCCGUGUACACUCAGCCCCCAGCCUACGGCCACGCCUAAUUCCUCUGAUAAAGUGACCCUAUCUUAAACCUGCUCAACAGUCUCUCUCUCUCUUAUCAAAUAUUGUAAUUGUAGCUUAUUUAUGUCUUGAAUUAAAACAACAGCAAAAAGAUAA